AUGUGGCGCGAGCCUUCAGAGGCCGAUGCGCUCAAGUCGGUGCUGGAGAAGGACCAUUCUGCCGCUGCGAGAUCCUCGAUUCGCCGUACCCCUGCGACUCGGCGCCCCUCGUCGCAUCAUGCCUCCCGCGCGCGCCGGAACGGGCUCCUAACGUCCUUCCAUUCACAGAUGCUCGAGGAGAUACAGCGCGGUAUGGGAGAGCCCCAGUUGGGCGUUCGAUCGCCCGUGCUGAAUCUAGGUGUUAGCGAGGAUGGAUUGGAUCUGGACGCGAGCCGACGCGAAGCUUUGGGCCGUGGUGUCACGCGUUCGAAUGCGCUCCGCCAGGGGGAGCACUCCAGCCGGCGCUCCCGAGGCCCUCGCGAUCUCGCGCUUUCUGACUUGGUCGCUCGAUCUGAUUCUCAAUCGCGUACUCCCGCAGGUCCUCAUUUGACACCGGGCUUUGCUCCUGCUGUUGCCUACCGGACCUCUUCUUCUCCGCACCCGACCUCGGAUAGCAUUCGCCUGCCUCCUCUUCCUCUUCCUUUCAUGCGCCCCUCCGAAAGCCGGCCCCACCCUCAUGACAUGCCAUCGACCCUACUGCGAGAUUACCGCACUGGUCACGCGUCGAGCCGAUGGUCCCGGGAUUCCACCGUCGAUGGUCUUGGGGAUCGCCAGCGGAGUCUAAGUCCCGAUGCAGAGCGUGAAACCGAUGCAUGGGAAACUUUGCUGUCGACCAUUACUCCGGACGCGAACUUCCCUUCUACUGACUCCUCUUUUUCAUCGAACCCGACAUCUGCCGCUUCGCGCAAUGGGACCUCUCGCAACGUCGGUGCUUAUUCGCAGACGUUGGCAUCGUCUCUGGGUCCUUCUCGCGCCGUCCACCUGGCUCUUGAUCCGUAUCCUGACACUCUCCACCCCUGUGAUUUUUCUUCCGAUGACGAGGACACCCCCGUCAGCUAUCACCGCAUCGUGGGUUCGUCGGGUAUUCCGCUCUCACUGCGCCGUUCCCCGGGUGUCCACUCGACCAUGAGCAGCCACCCUCCCAUUCCUACAAUCUCUUUCUCUUUCUCGGACUCGGGCGACUCGGAUCUCCAGCAAAUGCAGGCCAUCCUGGACCGACUUGCCCGCCGAGAGGACAUCCCCGAUGACUGGUGGGCUGGGGCUGGACUCUCGCGCACCAUUGGCCGUGGUCUCAAUGCCAGUGCUGAAGGCAAUGGCAACGAGGGCACCGAGUGA